CUUCCAACUAAAGUUAAGUUUUAGGUCUAAAUUAUACUCCAUCGAUAAAUUACCAAAUCGUUUUGUGUGGCGAAAUAUGAGUGGCGAAAAGAGCGGUUUUCUGACAGUCAGACUAGAAUGAACUGAGUUUGAAAUGUGACUAUUGCAUAUAGUAACUUGAGGUAUGAUAUGCCCAAAAUAGCGGAUUGCCGGGAGGUACAGAUAGUGUCAAAACCGCUGCAUAUAUGUUUUAAAAAAUCCUAUUAGGAUAUUGCCGGAAGGUAGAAAUAGUGUUAAUUUACUGUCAAAACCGCUUCUUGGUUUUAUUAAGCCUUUUGUCUAGUAGGCGCAAAAGGAUGUUGCUCGUUAUUAAUCCCAAUUUAUUAAAUUUAAUAAAUUGAAACUUUAUUUAUUUAUUUAUUUACCUUCGCCAGUUAUAUAAAUACGUACGGAAUAAUACGGUAGAUAACAUAUUGACACAUCCUACCCUAGUAGUCCAACUUACUCAGUCGCUGUUGCGAUAUUACAUACUGUAUAUGCAUCGCAAUCGUAACAUUGCUACUAAUUAGGGGCUACCUAGGAUCAUACAUUCAAACGCAAUUUUCUUAAAAAAACAGUGAUAGCAGACUUCAUAUUAAAUUCCUAAAUGCUUGAAAGUUGUAAAUAUCACGAGUUUGUAUAUUAGUGAACUUACCAAGUGUCCCGAAGCACCUACAGUUAAAACAAAAUGCUGCAUCUUUCAGUACAGAAUAUUCUAGCCAUGAAUGGAGGUCAUACCAACGAGAUUGGAACUUGAAGGUUCUUUUCCCAGAUGUUGAUACGGGAAAUUCGAUAAGUGGUCUAAUAGGACCCAAAUUAUUUACUAUUAAUGCUCGAUUCGCUUCAUUGACGGUCUCCGUAAAGGGGUCGCGCGCUUCCAUUUAUGAGGAUCUAUGAUUUCCAUAAAUGGUGCCAAAGAAAAUAUGAAUCCAAUGAGCAAAAGCAAAGGUUUGACUUCCGGUUUGAGAUGACGAAGUAUUUGUACUUCAUGUUAUAAUGUUAUUCUUUACGUUAUCAAAAACAAUGUUAAUUGAAUUCAAAAUUCGUAUCUCAAAUUAAUUCAUCACACCCAUUAUUGAAAAAACAAUAGAAAUGUUAGAAAUUAAAAUAAUCGUACCCCCCCCCCCUUUUCUCUUCAGAUUUAGAAAAAUCUCAAAAUUGGUCUUUAGAACAACUGGGGGGGACUCGUCCCCCCCAGUUCCCUCCCUGGCGACGCCACUGCGUGGCGGUCGUGCGAAAUUUUAGUGGCUCGCACACUUCGGUGACAUCCAUAGUAGGUUUUGUGUCAGGCCCUAUUCUGUGAUAGGGCCUGAACUUCAGGUUAUCACAAAGGCUCUCGAUAAGCUCAAAAUUCGAAAAUUGAUCACUUUUUUCGAUUAUAAAUGGAACAAGAACAGACUAACGUCAUCUACAAAAUACCAUGUAAAGAUUGCCCUUGGAAUUAUAUAGGUGAAACAGGCAGAUCCCUAAAGACAAGAAAAUCUGAACACGUCAGAAACGUAAAACAAAAUAAAGAUGGAUCAAACAUUGCUAAGCAUGCAUGGGACUGUGAUCAUGUAAUUUAUUUUGAUAACUCGAAAGUCAUAGACAAAGGGAAAUUUCGGAACCGUCUAACUUUAGAAUCAUGGCAUACAGCCAAAGACAAAAAUGCUGAUAACAAUUCUAAGCCACUUCCUCGACAAUACACAGCCUUAAUAAGAAAAUUGUAUUAAAUAUCACCUAUCACAUUUCAGAUUGCACAUACACAUACGUCACGUUUAGUUUCAAUUUACAUGUAUAUUAUAUAGUUUUAGCGUCCUUGUAUCAUAUUGUAUAUACACCCGUUGAAGGCUACAGACUGGUAGCCGAAAGCUUGUGAUUAAUAAAUAUAUUAACUCCUUCUCAUCAGGUAGUUUCGUAUUACAUUUCGAUUCAAUUUUUCUAAUAUAAAUAUCUCGGCGAGUAUUUACCCCCCUUUUAAAUAAAUGCCACCAUUGAAAUCCUCACAAUAUAACCUUUCGAACGGGGGGUCAAGUGCCGUCAAAACAUUACACAAACCGAAACAAUAUUUAUACUCACCGCUUCGCCAAACAUUCAAACGAGAAAAAGAGAAAAAGUUGAAUAGAUUCUAAACUUUGGUGUCAUUUUCUGAAAGGAUAUAUGUGUAAAAUACUCUUUGUAUUCAAGCGCUUUCGUAUAGAAAGUUUCGUAUGAAUACGGCGAGUAGAAAUAUUUAUUUUGAAUUUUUCAAGGUAUCGGGUUUUACUCGCACGCAAUUGUUGCUGCCGUAGGCAGCCACCUAUUCUUGACGAUGUGUUUUUCUCGCACCAGUCCGUUUCCGGUUGGCCGAGUUAUGUAUAGCCGAGCGACAACUCGAUUUUAUUUGAGUGUAUCUAAAAGUCGAGGGUCGAGAGUCGAGAGUAAAGGUCGAGAGUCGAGAGUAAAAGUCGAGAGUCGAGAGUAAAAGUCGAGAGUCGAGAUUAAAAAGUCGAGAGUCGAGAGUAAAAAGUCGAGAGUAAAAAGUCGAGAGUCGAGAGACGAUCGAGAGUAAAAAGUCGAGAGUCGGCAAAUGUCAUCAGAAACAACAAAGCCAAAAUAUUUUUAACCACGUUUAACCGGCACAAUCUAUAUAUAGCUUUACAUAGCCAUUCCGUAACAAGUACCAACGGCUGAAAUACAAACUUUCCAGUAAAUAUUGCUACAACAGUCAAUAAUAAUAAUAACGUGAACAAAAAAGAUUGGAUAAGAAAAUAAUAUCGCAUUUGAUGCCUCAGUCUUGCUAAAUGUUUUCACAUUUCAUUCUGAGACAUAAACUCCGCUGAAUUUUGACAGCCAUCUCCAGGCUUGUAACUGAAAUGUCACUUAUUCAUUAACGUACGUUUAUAUCAAACGAGAGCGUUUUAAGAAAUCCACGUUGAUCACAUCUAAUGAUUCAUACAAUUGUGAAUUCAUAAAUACGAGCCAGUAAAAAUAGGAUUCUUUUGUCGUAUGUGUGAUAUCGGGUUGUAAUAUGUCUCGCACGUGAUUGUAAAGUCCUAGUAUUUUAAUAUAUGUAGCUUCACAUAUGAGUAAUUUUUCGCGGAAAUAGGUGCAUGUAAAAGCGGGAAGGAUGGACAGUAAUAUAUAAGGAAGUGAUAAAAGCUAGUCAUUAGAUAAUAGUUAUUAUUAUUGAAUGUUGUGGCUAAAUUUUUUGCGAAAGUUUUUGUUUUAUAUUAUACUGGAUUAUUCCUUUGAUUGUAUAUGCCUCUUGUUUACUUUAAUUUCGAGAAUUUGAGCAUACUAAAUUAUGUUUCGCAAAUAUUGUAUUUUGUGGUUCCGAUACACAGGAAGUGAAAUUAGUUCAGCCGUCAUAGGGCGUACGGGCGGGAAAAAUCAGGGAGCCAGAAAGAAAUUUACCCGACUUUUACCCACUGAAUAAAAUUUUCCGUGUAACUAAAUUUCCAAAAUUGUCGUUGGGAAGUAGACAAAAAUAUUUUCCUAUUUGUCGAUUCCUCGUUUCUUUUACAUAUUUCUGGCAUUUUCAAAUUUUAAAUUUAUUCCCCCCCCCCAAUUUUUGCCCGAAUUUAUACGUUUAUAAUUUGCAAGACUUUAAUUUGACUGGGGGCGGGACUGCCUCCCCCCCCCCGCCCGUACGGCUAUAAUCAGCUGUUGUUACGGAUCGGUUAUAUAUUGUGUUAAAAAUAUUUUGACUUUGUUGUUUCUGAUGACAUUUGCCGACUCUCGACUUUUUACUCUCGAUCGACUCUCGACUUUUUACUCUCGAUCGACUCUCGACUUUUUACUCUCGACUCUCGACUUUUUACUCUCGACUCUCGACUUUUUACUCUCGACUCUCGACUUUUUACUCUCGACUCUCGACUUUUACUCUCGACUCUCGACCCUCGACUUUUAGAUACACUCAUUUUAUUUGCAUGUACGAAUGUACGGAUGAUCAGAUUUAUGACGUAUUUUGACGUCACAGAAAUUUAAAAAAAUAACAUACUCCAGAUCGCGAUUUGACUUUCCGAAUAUCCCGGUUGAACCUCGCGAACACCACCAUGGACAAUGACAAUUUGUAAACACGUUACAUGUGCGCAUAAUGGCCUCUGUAUAAUGGCAUAGUCUCAUCGCAAUUCGCAAAUGGACUCUGACUUUCAAGGUAAGAUGAAAGUUUGAUCACAAAUAACAAUGUGUAUUGGUCGAUACGCGUUGAAACUUCAAGCGAAUGAAUUAACUGUAUUUAAAUUAUUACAUUUUUAGGUGCAUACAAGUCUUCAUAGUAAACAAGUGGACUUCGUCGAUAUUUUAUAUCAGUUUGUAAAAAAUCUGAUUGAGCUUGAUCGUAGGCUUGAUGGAACAUCGUACUUCUAAGGGAUAAAUAAUCACAGAGAGAGUUUAUUAUUGUUAUUGAUAUUUUGGCAAUAUCAAUUGAGGCAUUGAGCAGUAUCGUAAAAUUGUCUGUCUUGCAGUGGCGUGCUGGGUACUAUUUUUCUGGGGGGGGCCAGUCGGCUGGCAACCAAUAUGCGCCCCUAUAAUAUUACGCUUGAUAAACGAGGGCCGAAGGCACGAUCGAGCCGAGCGCCACAGGUGCGAGGUUUGUCUAGGGGAGUCCGGGGGCAUGCUCCCCAGGAAAAUUUUAGAAUUUAGAGUCUCUGAAAAGCCAUUUCCUGGACUUUGGGGGAAGAUUUGACAGAAAUCUGAUGGUCAGGAAACGGCAUUACAACGUGUCGAAAUUUGCAAAUUGGUUAGAAUUUAGUAGUAGGACUUAAAUUGUUCAAUGCUAACUACUUCCAGCAAUUAAUCUAAUCCCAAUUCUAUUCUCUACUGAUCUGAAUACAUUGACAACUUGCAGCUCUUUUAUGCAAUAACACACAGACCCCACGCAUAUGCAUUUUAAGGUUUUCUUGCCUGUCUGCCAAAAGGGCGCGUUUCAGCAUUAUAUCUCGUUACUUACAUUACUCAUGAUGUUUCUUGCGCAAACAACUAAAUUGCGUACACAACUUUACAUUAUCAUAACUUCAACUCUCUAAUUUGCGCCGCUCUCGUGAUUCGUGAAGCAUAAUAAAGGGCAUAAUAUAAGGGUAUAAUACCAGCAAAAAGGGGCAUAAUUCCCGCGAUCGCUUAUUCGCUUCGAAGCCUGAUCAAUAUUCCGGUAAUGAGACAUUGCGUGUGAUCACUAAUCAUGUUUCUAUAUGAACGAGUGAUUUCGUGUGAAUCGUGAGGUAGCAAAUACGGUUGGACAAAACAGUCUGCAAUUUAAUAUACUCACUUUGUCGUCUAUGCGCUUAGUCUGUUUAUAAGUCUAUAAACACAUCUUUCCUUGGCGGAAUUAGUAACUAUAUUUUUUCGAAUGCGUUUCUUCCUACCCACUUUCAAAAUUCGGCGUGGGAUAGGCGCCCCCUUUUCGUUUUUGCGCCCCCAAAAAUUGCCAGCUGGGGGGGGCCGUGGCCCCCCGGCCCCCCCUGCCAGCACGCCACUGCUGUCUUGCACAAAGAUAGUCCUUUGGCAACCCAUGCAGUGUGGAUUGUUGUCUGCACAUAUUAACUUACCAGCAGUUACAUGUAAAUAACAUGUCAACCGACGUUUGUAAAAGGUAUGACGGUCUGUAAAAAUGUAUCUCUGAGAUAUGUCCAUUGUUUAAUAGCAUAAUAUGAAAUAAUCCUACCAGCCUACAUUUAUAUAUUCACCUGGCUGUCACUACAGUACUCCGCAGAGACAGAGUAUAUACUAUAUUUUUUGAUAAUGCUCACAAUCGUAUUAUAUAGUUUUGCAGUUCUGACUGAGUACAAUCUUAGGGGCUGUGUGUUAUAAUUAUACAUACAAAAGCAAGAAGUUAUAAGUGUUAUAAUUACAGUGUUAUAAUUAUACAUACAAAAGCAAGAAGUUAUAAGCAUUGAAUGUAUUCAUAUACAUUUAGCUGAUCUUUCGACUUUUCCUGUUUACAUGAUGGAAGUUGGGAUGAUUUUUGAUGUAUUGGAAUAAGUCACUAGGCUAAACAAAAGUUCAAAUGCUUGUUAACAGAACUCAAAUAUUGUAGACAAGAUCUUGUAGUUCAAAAAGAUUAUAAUUACUGCUUGAACAACCUUUCGUUUACAGUAACUAUAAUCUAUCUCUAGAAAAGUAAUGUUUUUUUGCUGAAUUGUGCACUGUGACUCAUUUCAAUACAUCGAAAUCAUCCUGCCUCAUAUCUCGUCCUGGCGAAGCGGGAUCGUAUAAACAGACCCUUAUUCAGCAAAUUGCGCAUGGUGCCAUCCCUUGGGGGUGAGGCAGCAUUUUCCUUGCGAUAGUAACUUCUAGUAUUACGUAAUACUUGGCCAAUAAGGAGCUCCCUUUGGCCGGGAUGACGUCAAACGCACGCGUAUGGGUGCACUUUGACCUGUAGAAUCCAUUUCUGGCAUUUCCAGAGUCACGCGAUACAAACUUCGCAUUGUUUUGACGGUUUUUCGUCGUAUUUCCGGUUGGGAUUAACGCAAAUUCGGGGCAGAAAUGCAAAAUUCGGCAAGAAAACUCAUAUUUUAAAGAUAGAAGCUUGAAAAUAACAGUAUACGUGUUAUUUUUAACUGCUUCAUUCAGCAAGACUACCAGAAUGAGCUUGCGUCUCAAGGGGCCGAAGUUAUGUUCGGCGAAAGGUAUGUCUAUGUUUAUAAUUUGUUAGUAAUAUUGUGUAAUUUGAUCAAAUACCAAGCUCGCUUGACUUUCAAAGCUCAUAAAUCGCUACAAUUUAGCCACUGACUAAAACUAUCGUUAUAAAUUAGUGUAUAUUUUUAUACUGAAUCGAAUGGUAGUAUUUUCAUCUACAUAGCAUGCACUGAACCAAAGAUAUGAACGAAUUACAUCCGUAGAACGUGCACGUUCUACGCGUAAUGGACCCUGCUGCAAAAGAGUUAACCAGAGAACGUCUCAUCUUUUCGUUAUGUCUAAUCCUGGUUACACAUCUAAGAUUUUUAGGAACAGACUGUUUAUUGUUUACUUGAAGGAAGAGAUGUUUUUUCGGUUAUGCCAAAGUGGGGACAUUUAGUAACAAAAACCUUUUAAAACUUGUCUAUUUUAUAGUUAAAAGUUCUUGUCAUAAUUCACAAAUAAAUUUUUUUAAUUAAUAACGGUAACAUGCAUGCAGUUCAGACAACGAUGACGGCGGAAAGUUUUUACACUGUUUAGUGCGGCGCUCAUUCGGGGGCGGCGCUCUUUAAAAAAAUUUGAUCUCAAAUGCGGCGCUCAUUCGGGGCAGCGCUCAAUCGGGGGCGGCGCUCAAUCGA